CUCAAUACUCUUGUAUUAGAAUUAGAGAAAGCUAGACUCUGCUGUUAUAGAUUGACAGAGAUAUGUCAGGAAGCGAUCAACCCAGAACAGUGAAGUUAUUGUGCCCGUCACUGUCGAAGAUAGUGGCAUUCUCGGCAUGGGAUGACCAGAAACUGGACUUGGGAUUGAUAGCCAGGGCCUUGGGGCUAGAACCAUCAACGUUGAAGCUCAAUGGUCACUUCAUCAGCAGAGGUGUUGAUCUUGUAUCCUCCUCUGUCACGUGGAGAUCGCUUCUCAAGUUCUUCUCUGCUAAGGGGUUGUCCACUGGUAAAGACGAUAAAGAUGCUCUUAUUGUCCAUGGCAAGCUCUGCAAAUCUGGGAGAACACACGAUCCUCAAGAUGCAGCUCCUGCUAGUAGAGUUAAUUACAGAACUGAAACAGAGGAAGUUAGUACAGAGCCACAGCCUGAACAUGUCAUUAACUUCCUCAUGAAUAAGAAGUUAAAGGAAAACAAUUCAGGAUGUCACCAAUUGUUCAAAUGCAAUGGUCUUGGUUUCAAGAGGAAACAAUUGUUGGAAGACGUCAAUUCAGUCAAGAAGUUAAAGAUAAAUGAAGCCAACUCAGGACUUGGAGAAAAGAGGAAAUAACUACCCCAGCAUCAUUUCAAGCAGCAAAUUGAAAUGCAGCUACAUGAGCGGCAAUGUGAAACGGAUGAGAGAAGAUGAGGUGAUCCUGGCUGCUCCUUGCAA